AUGGCUGCCCAAGUUUAUGAACGAACUUUGGAAGAAACACCAACUUGGGCCGUUGCAGUUGUGUGUUUUGUGUUGCUUGCUAUUUCAAUCUUAAUUGAACAUAUUAUUCAUGUUAUUGGAAAGUGGCUAAAAAAGAAACACAAAAAUGGUCUCUAUGAAGCAUUGGAAAAGGUCAAAGCAGAGCUUAUGUUAUUAGGAUUCAUAUCAUUGCUCCUAACUGUGUUCCAAGAUCCUAUUUCUAAAAUUUGCAUAUCACAAAAAGUUGGAAACACUUGGCAUCCUUGUUCCAAUCCAAAUAAAAAGAGUAAAUCUAAUGAAACAUCUGAAAAUGAAAAUAAUGAUAGAAGAAAACUUUUGGAAUAUUUUGAUCCUAUACCAAGGCGAAUUCUAGCUACAAAAGGAUAUGAUAAGUGUGUUGAUAAGGGUAAAGUUGCUUUAGUUUCUGCAUAUGGAAUUCACGAGCUCCAUGUGUUCAUUUUUGUGCUUGCAAUAUUUCAUAUCCUACAAUGCAUAAUAACAUUAGCAUUGGGAAGAAUCAAGAUGAGGCGGUGGAAGAAAUGGGAAGAUGAGACAAGAAGUGUUGAAUAUCAAUUCUAUAAUGACCCUGAGAGGUUCAGGUUUGCAAGGGACACAACAUUUGGACGAAGGCACUUGAGCAUGUGGUCUCAAUCAACCAUUUCAUUAUGGAUUGUUAGCUUCUUCAGACAAUUUUUUGGAUCUAUUAAUAAAGUUGAUUAUUUGGCACUACGACAUGGAUUUGUCAUGGCACAUCUUGCCCCAGGAAAUGAUGCACAAUUUGAUUUCCAAAAGUAUAUAAGUAGAUCACUUGAAAAGGAUUUUAAAGUUGUAGUAGGAAUAAGUCCAACCAUCUGGUUCUUCGCAGUGCUAUUCCUUCUUACUAAUACUCAUGGGUGGUAUUCUCAUUAUUGGCUUCCAUUUAUCCCAUUAAUUAUAAUUUUAUUAGUGGGUGUUAAGCUACAAAUGAUCAUAACAAAGAUGGGACUAAGGAUUCAAGAUAGUGGGGAAAUAAUCAAAGGUGCACCUUUGGUUGAACCAGGAGAUCAUCUUUUCUGGUUCAAUCGCCCCGAUCUUCUUCUCUUUUUGAUUCAUCUUGUUCUCUUUCAGAAUGCCUUUCAACUUGCAUUUUUUUCUUGGAGUACUUAUGAAUUCUCCGUAAACUCUUGCUUCCAUAAAACAACCGCAGAAAUUAUCAUUAGACUUACACUAGGGGUUGUAAUACAAAUUCUAUGUAGCUAUUCAACUUUGCCUCUUUAUGCUCUAGUCACUCAGAUGGGUUCAACCAUGAAACCAACAAUUUUUCAUGAAAGAGUUGCAACAGCACUUAAAAGCUGGCACAACACAGCCAAAAAGCAUGUGAAAGAAAGCAAACAUUCAAACAACACGACACCAUUCUCCAGCAGACCAUCAACACCAACUCAUGGCAUGUCUCCUGUCCACUUACUUCAUAGACACACUGUUUCCAGCAGUGACAGUCUUCAAACUUCUAACUAUGAAAAUCAACAAUGGGAUAAUGUUGAAGGAUCAAAUUCACCAACAAUCAACCAUACCGAAGCACAUGAAAUUCGGAUACCAACCGAGUUGCCUGUAAGUAAUAGACAUGAAAUUAGUAUUAGUUCAAAAGAUUUUUCUUUCGAGAAGCGAUAUAUUGUUAGCGAUUAGAAUUGUAGAUAUCGAAAACUAGUUCAAUGUAUAGCUUUAGUUCAAUGUCGUAAGAUAUAACAGCUUGUUCGAAAUCUGCUGCUACAAUAGGCCACUAUAACUGUACUUGACAACAUUUGUAUUAAAUAAUAUAUCGCAGAAUAAUAGCGAUUAAUUUGUUUGAAUUUUACUAUAUUUUAGUGUUGUUGUAGACGCUAUUUAAUAAAACUUUAAGAAUGGAGGGAAAUUUUGUUGAGGCAUCA